AUGGAGUGGGUCAAUGAAACUGUGGUGAGAGAGUUUGUCUUCCUGGGCUUCUCGUCACUGGUCGGGCUGCAGCAGCUGCUCUUUGUUAUCUUCCUGCUCGUCUAUCUCUUUACACUGAGCACCAAUGCCAUCAUCACCUCCACCAUUGUGCUGGACAGGGCCCUCCAUACUCCCAUGUACUUCUUCCUCGCUGUUCUCUCCUGCUCUGAAACCUGCUACACUUUCGUCAUUGUACCCAAGAUGCUGGUUGACCUCCUGGCCCAAAAAAAGACCAUCUCCUUCCUGGGAUGUGCCAUCCAGAUGUUUACUUUCCUUUUCCUUGGCUGUUCUCACUCCUUCCUGCUGGCAGUCAUGGGUUAUGAUCGCUACGUGGCCAUUUGUAACCCACUGCGCUACACAGUGCUCAUGGGAAAUUGGGUGUGUGUUGGACUAGUGGUUGCUGCCUGUGCCUGUGGGUUCACUGUUGCCCAAAUUAUCACCUCCCUGGUAUUUCACUUACCUUUUCACUCCUCCAACCAGCUGUAUCACUUCUUCUGUGAUAUCUCCCCUGUGCUCAAGGUGGCAUCCUACCAUACCCAAUUUAGUCAUAUUGUCAUCUUCAUACUCUGCACUUUGGUACUGGUUAUUCCCCUGUCAUUAAUCUUGGUAUCCUAUAUUCACAUCAUCACUGCCAUAGUCCAGUUUCCCUCUACACUGGGCAGGUACAAAGCCUUCUCCACCUGUGCUUCUCACCUGAUUGUUGUCACUGUUCACUAUGGCUGUGCCUCCUUUGUCUAUUUAAGACCAAAAUCUAACUUCUCCUUAAGUCAGGAUGCUCUGAUAUCAGUGUCCUACACUAUCCUAACUCCAUUAUUUAACCCAAUGAUUUACAGCUUGAGAAAUAAAGAUUUCAAAUUGGCACUUCAUAGGGUUGUGGGAAGAACAAUUUGCCUGUCACAGCAUUAA